CCCCCCCGGUCCCGGCGCCGGGCCCGCCCUCCGCGGGGGUGGUGCUGCCGGCGGCGCGGCGGGCCGGGAGCGGAACGGAGGAUGCUGGUGCCGGUGCUGGUUCUGGUUCUGGUGCCGGUGCUGGUGCUGGUGCCGGUGCCGGUGGCGGAGGGGCGGAGGGCGGCGGGGCUGCGGUUGGGGCUGAGGGGCAGCCCCCGCGGGGAGGUGAGCCCGGCUUUCCUCUCCCUCACCCUGGACGCCAGCCUGGCCCGGGACCCGCGUUAUGUCGCUUUGCUUAGCAAUCCCAAACUGCGUGCCCUGGCGACGGCCCUGUCUCCUGGCUUCCUGAGGUUUGGUGGCACCGAGACAGAUUUCCUCAUCUUUGAUCCCUACAAGGAUUCAACUUCAGAAGAAAAAAUCCUCUGGGAACUCCAGGCCCAGCAAGAGGCUUGUGGCUCACGGCCUGCGUUUGCUGCCAUUGAGAAGCUACUGCUAGCCCAGUGGCCCAGCCAGGAGAAGCUGAUUCUUGCAGAGCAUAACUGGAAAAAACACAAAAACACCACCAUUACAAGAGAUACGUUGGAUAUUCUCUACAGCUUUGCAAACUGCUCAGGGUUUCACCUGAUCUUUGGGCUCAACGCCUUGCUGCGGAAAGAUGGCUUGCAGUGGGACAGCUCGAACGCCCGGGUGCUGCUGGACUACUGCUCCUUGCAGAGGUACAACAUCUCCUGGGAGCUCGGGAACGAGCCCAAUAGCUUCCGGAAGAAAUCUGGCAUCUACAUCGACGGCUUCCAGCUGGGGCAAGAUUUUAUUCACUUACGCCAACUUCUGAGUAACUAUACCCUCUACCAGCACGCGAAACUCUACGGUCCCGACGUUGGGCAGCCCCGAAAGCACACACAGAGGCUGCUGAGAAGCUUCCUGAAAUCGGGAGGGAAGGCGAUCGACUCUGUCACGUGGCACCAUUACUAUGUAAAUGGACGAAGUGCAACGAGGGAGGAUUUUUUGAGCCCUGAAGUGCUGGAUACCUUUGCCACAGCUGUACACGAAGUCCUGGAGAUUGUUGGUGGGACCGUGCCCAACAAGAAGGUCUGGCUAGGAGAGACGAGCUCUGCCUAUGGAGGGGGAGCCCCCAGGCUGUCCAACACUUAUGUUGCCGGCUUUAUGUGGUUGGACAAACUCGGGCUUUCGGCCAGGCAGGGGAUUGAGGUGGUGAUGAGACAGGUUUUCUUCGGGGCAGGGACCUACCACCUGGUGGAUGCCAACUUUGAGCCUUUGCCGGACUACUGGCUCUCGCUGCUCUACAAGAAGCUGGUGGGUACCAAGGUGCUGCAGGUUGGCCUGACAGGAGCGGACGAGAGGAAGCUCCGCGUCUACCUCCACUGCACGAACACCCUCCACCCAAAGUACAGAGAAGGGGAUGUGACACUGUUUGCCUUAAACCUCUACAACGUUACCCAACAUCUGCAGCUACCUAAUUACCUAUCAAGCAAACAUGUGGAUCAGUACCUCUUACUGCCUCACGGUAAAGAGAAUAUACUUUCCAGACUCCUUUUUGGCAUACUGACACCACGAGACUCCCUAAAUUUCCCUUGGUCAUGCAUCAUCUGCGCUUUCUACGAUUCCCAACAAGACUACCCAAGUAAACAAAAAAAUCAAUGAAAUCACGUCCAGGUGGGUGUGUUUCAGUUGUAGCUGACCGCCGGUUCCGAAGCCCUCCACCCGGCAGCCUGUCUCAGACGCAGCACCCGGGCUGAUGAGGGACACGCAGGGAUUGCUUGGAGGGGUGCAGGGAUGUCUGGGCGUGCAAAUGACAGCAGCUCUGCCUUCAUCUCCCGGCCACGUCUUGUCCUCCGAGCGCACGGCCUGGUUCUUCGUACGGCAGGGUGGCGAGAGGUAUGGCUUACAGCUCAUGUAGCCACUUCUAACCCAAAAAAGCUCUACACACACCCAAAUGACUUCUCUUUACAAAGUGUUGUAUAUUAAGCUGCUAGCUACUGUUAGCUCUGUGCAAACAACACGGUGGGGAGGAGCGUAGAGAACAAGACGCUGGAUCCCAGCACACGGGGACAGGUAGGGUCAGAAGCAGAGCCCUCGCAGGACCCGUCUGCAGCAGCAGUGCCUGCCCCACGGGCACCUUAUCUCCAGGGUGGGCUUCUUGUUUUUUAUCUCUGUGAAUGUUGUAAACCUUGGAGACUUGACCUUUAAUGUCAAUAUUUAUACACACACACACACACACACACACGCACACACACUUAUCUGAGACCAGGAACAACGAUUGUAUCUUACACAAGUUCCAAUUUACUUUUGCAUAUUUAAUUCUGGACCUCGGAUUACUCACCUUGUAUUUACUCUAAGUCAGUUCCUGGAAGGUGGAGUAAGUCGCAUCAUGAGACCUUUGUAUAGGGGAUCACUUAAUGUAUGUGAAAAUACAGUAACUGAUAAUCUCCUUAAAAUCAGUGACACUUUUACCAUCACCAAGCCCAUGGUGCCUUAAUAGCUUUUGGUGAUUUUUCAAAGUCCGAAAUGUGCUAUUCCCUAGAUUUUUUUUCAGUGAGGGGCCAGGUCACCUUAUAAUGAAAAUAAAUCUAGUGACAGUAAGUUUGCUUUUCUGCUUUACGUUCAUGAGCUCCUUAAAAACUGUCUGCAGAUAGUCCAGGGCUUGCUCACCACAUCACACAUUAAAAAAAAACAAAACAAACCAAUGCUCACAGUGCCUGCACAGGAGCACCCACCUGGUGAAAAUCAGAGUUUCAAAGUUCCUGUGGACACAGCAGGCAGAGAGGCUGCGGAUGCAUGGCGGCAGGACACACUUGCUGCCCUCCAGGAUUCACUCUUCAAACAUGCCUUGGGAAUUCAUCCAUACCUGAAUAAAGCCUGUGAUCACUGACUCUGUCAGCAGAAACACAGCCAAGGUCAGCAAAAAAAAAAAAAAAAAAAUCAGUUUCACUUCACCAGAGUUGAGCAACUGUGGGGUUUUUUCACGGUCCUGUGUAAAUCAUUUUACUGAAGUAGUGCUCAUGAAAACAGUGAAUGGAAAAAUGUGAAAUCACUUCUCCAUCACACUGUUUUACUUCCUCCUGGUAGUCAACAUUUUUGGAAAUUAAAGUUCAAAAUGGUUUCCCUUGUUUUUUGUGCGUCAGUCAUUCAAGCUGAAGCAAGUGUAGAAUGAGACAGAAAUUAUACACUGCAGGGACACUGAAUUCUCCAAUAAAUCUUUCAGCAGCAAAUCUGGGAAUAUUUUAUCAGUAAAACCAUGCCAUGCAAGACGUUUUUGCGGCUGUCUAAAGCUCUCCUCCCUCCCCAGUUUAUGCAGUAACUCGCAUUAAGACGGUGGGAGAACUGAGUGAAUGAAAACAGAGAUCCAAAGGCCGUACAUUGUAUCGUAUGUUUUUAUUAAUUAGCCUGGAAAGAUUUGGGAGAUGAGACUGAUCUGAGGAAACACUAACCUGAUACCCCCCCCUUCAGGGGAUGCUCACCAGGUGGCCUCCAUCUAUCAAAGGAUGGUAACUCCUUUGCAGUGGAAUGAGAAAGAACAAGAUGAGCCAUUGAUGGUCCAUAUCAAAGGAGGGUAACUCCCAUUU